UGAAGCCUGUCGACUAUCUGGCAACAACCAUGUCACUCACACCCACAACACGCUCAUCAUCAGUUGGACGCUGAGCUGCUCUGUCUGAGGAAUUUCAAGUAAAAGAGGAAAGUGACAUAAUGGCAACAGAACUGAAUGAUGAAUCUCAAACCAAUGAGGCAACAGCUGCUGCAACUUCACCUGAAUCAUCUGUGACAAAAGAAUCCAAGUCUGAUGCAGAUAAUCAGGUUCCAUCUACUGCUGUUAAUUCCUCACAAGUCCAGAUAGAGACUUUAAAAGUUUACAAACCAGGAGAGCUUGCACCUGCCGAAUCAAUUUAUACUCACAAUGCAAAUGCUGCGGUUAAACUGCGUAUGGGGACAUCUGGAACAGCAGCCUAUCCACCUGAAACGCUACCCACGCUGUUUGCAAGAAUUGCCAAGAACUACAGCAAUGCGAAAGCACUUGCAGAUAAACGCAACGGUGAAUGGAAAUUUUGGACCUACGAACAAUACUAUAGAGAUUGCAAGAUAGCUGCCAAAUCUUUUUUGAAGCUUGGUUUGGAAAGGUAUCAUGGAGUUGGUAUCAUGGGAUUCAAUGCUCCUGAGUGGUUUAUAGCAAGCUUUGGUGCAAUGUUUGCUGGAGGCCUAGGUGUUGGUAUCUAUACCACUAACUCCCCUGAAGCAUGCCACUAUGUAGCAAGUAACUGCGAGGCAAACAUCAUUGUUGUUGAAAAUCAGGCACAACUGUCAAAAAUACUUCAAAUAUGGGACAAGAUGCCUCAUCUGAAAGCAGUUAUCCAAUAUAAAGGAGAGCUGCAGGAGAGGAAAGAAAACAUUUACACAUGGGCUGAGUUUAUGGAGCUUGGUAAAGACAUUAGCGAUGAUGUUGUAGACGCUAUUAUCAAUUCUCAAGCUCCUAACCAGUGCUGUACGCUUAUUUACACAUCGGGAACUACUGGCAAUCCAAAAGGAGUGAUGAUCAGUCAUGAUAAUUAUGUGUGGACUUCGAAAGUAAGUUUUAAGACUGUGGCUCUGGCAAUGGCAAGUCACAGUGGUGUAAGUUACUUACCAUUGAGUCAUGUAGCAGCGCAGCUAAUGGAUAUAUACAUACCUUUGGUAGGGGCAGGCUGUACUUACUUUGCAAGACCUGAUGCUUUGAAGGGUACUUUAGUAGAUACCUUAAAAGAAGUCCGUCCCACCGCAUUACUCGGUGUGCCACGGGUUUGGGAGAAAAUUAUGGAACGGAUGCGAUCUGUGAGCCAAAAUGUGACAGGCUUCAAGAAGCGAAUUGCUAUUUGGGCUAAAGGGAUUGGAUACCGGGGCAACAUUAAUAUCAUGAAUGGGUCACCGCCACCUUGGGGUUGGACUGCCGCUAAUUUCCUUCUGUUUAGGAAGGUAAGACAAACUCUUGGCUUGGACCGUUGCCUUCAUUGCUUCUCUGGGGCUGCUCCUCUGUCUCAAGAAACUGUUGAGUAUUUCUUGGGUGUUAACAUACCUAUUUAUGAUUUGUAUGGAAUGAGUGAAAGUUCAGCUCCUCAUUCGCUCUCUAUGCCUGGCAAUUUCCGUCUUGGAAGUGUGGGAAAAGUCAUUGAAGGUGCAAAGACAAAGAUCAGUGAUCCUGAUGAGAAUGGCAAUGGGGAGGUAUGUUUUUAUGGUCGGCAUGUAUUUAUGGGUUACCUUAACAUGGAAGCAAAAACCAAGGAAGUUAUUGACUAUGAAGGCUACCUGCAUUCAGGCGACAUCGGCAUGGAGGACAAAGAUGGGUUUUUGUAUAUCACCGGUAGAAUCAAAGAACUAAUCAUAACUGCUGGAGGAGAAAAUGUUGCUCCAGUCCCUAUUGAAGAUGUGGUCAAGAAAGAAGCUCAAGUUAUUGGAAACUGUAUGCUUAUUGGCGAUCAGAAGAAAUUUCUUAGUUUACUCGUCACCUUAAAGGUAAAAAUUGAUGAAACCACAUUGGAGCCAUCUUCAGAACUGAGUGUGGAAGCCCUGAAUGUGUGUAAGACAAUUGGAAGUGGGUCCAAAACAGUGGCUGAAGCCAUCGCAGACGAGAAGAUAAAAAGCUAUAUACAGACUGCUAUUGAUACAUACAACAACAAACAUGCUACAUCCAGAGCGCAGAGAAUUCAGAAGUACAUAUUUAUUGAGAAGGACUUCUCAGUACCUGGGGGAGAAUUAGGGCCAACUCUGAAACUGAAGAGACCGGUUGUGCUGAAGAUGUAUGCCAACGAAAUUGAGAAGAUUUAUGAAGAUGCCCAAACACCUGGUAACUGAUGUAAAAUGAAUUAUCUAAACAUCUGAAAAUUUUAGUAAAAUCAGUGGAGGAUCUAGAAUAGAAAAGGUAACAUGUUGAACGAGAUGAUAAUAUUUAUCAUCUUUUUACAUCAAUGAUGAAUAUUCAGUUUACCAAUUUGUUAUAUGUGAUGAAGACUAGCCAAAUCCGUCACACCUCGCAAAUCAUGUUUUGGAGAUAGUUACAAAAACUAUGUCGGAAUGUAAACAUUUUUAAAAACCUUUUUUAUUGCACUACUGUAUUAAUAAUCCCAUCAUGCUAUGUUGUUAUUUUCCCAUUUUGGAUGUUUAAACAAUAGAGCUAUUUAAACAACUAGAGUGCUGACAAGGUGACGAAGAAAUGCAGAGUUGUGUAUGUGCGCUACCUUCAGGCUUAUUAUACACAUCAUAUCCAUAACUAAACCCCCUGACUAUUAUUUUAUUAAUCAUUAUCAUUGAUAAUAUAAAUUAUUAAAACUAGCAUAGCCAAAAAGAGGCCAAGUGGAGUGUCUUAUUUAAAAAUAAAGUACUGAGGAAUGAAAAUUGAAAUCGUGUACGUUACACCUACGUUUCAACAUAUGGGUGACUUAGCUGUACUCAACUUUCUGUGUAAAUUGAGGGCGCAAUUGCAAAUGAUGGUGCUUAGGCAAAUUUUGAUUGGCUAAUUCUACGGCAGCCAUCUUGGUUGGUACACACACACAGCUCUGCAUAUUUCGAACAUCGAAUACAUUGCAGUUAGCGCUCUAGUAUUCUUAUUGUAACUCUAUGGUUAAAACAAAUUUUUUUUGAUAGUUUCCAUCCAAGAAUUGUCUGAAACAUGAACUUUGAAGGCUGAUUUCUCAAAUACUGUUCUUUAAACAGCUGUAUGUUUAACCUCUUGUAACUUCGUAACAAAAUGCUGAAUUUAAAUGAUUCUUUUACCAUAUUAUUUUUGUGAGGAGUGAUUGGUUUGGCUUGUCUUUGAUGCAUAUGAUUUUGACAAAGGAAUAGCCCAAAAGUUUAGCGUUUGGAAAUAUGGCAGUACCUUUGUGUAAAUACAUCACCAUUGUAACAUUAUGAAUCCACCACUGAUAUUACUGACAUGAUAUGCAAAGAGGCUUGUAACGUAAUGUAAGAUGACUAAUAUUAUAUAAUCAUAGUUUAUUUUGUUUGGAUUUAAAAAAAAAGUAUCAGUGAUCGAUUCUAUAGAUACCAUAAAACUUCAAUUAGAAGCCCAGCAGACUUAAUCUCUCGAAGGGAAGCCUCCUUUUCAGUUUGCAAAGUAAUUUCGAAAAGAAGCCCAUGGGCUUAUAAGCAAAAUAGUAUGGGUUUCUUUUUGAGAUAGUACUUACAAACAGACUGACUUAAGCUUUGAUGAUUAUAAUACAGGCGUGUCAGUAUCAAUAUUAUUUUACUGUAAUAGCAUGGUUAAAAUUUAAAAAAUAUUAAACUGAAUUCCAUAGUUGAAAAAAUUUGUGUGCUAGCAAUUCCAAAUAUUUACAGCAUUCAUUUUGAAAAGAAGCAAAAACUUAAGUGUGCAAAAGUAAUCUCGAAAAGAAGCCCAUCUUGAAAAGGAGCCCAUCCAAGACUAUUUGAGGUUUUACGAUAUUAAGGUUAAAUAUACUAUGUUAAAAGUAAUUUUGUACCUUGAUAUCUAACAUGUUUAUUGCAAAAAUAAUUAUUGUAUUGGAAUGAUUCUAGAGUCAAAAUAUUGUGUUAAAUGGUAUACACGAAAUGAACAUUAAAAACAAUGCAAAUAAUAAAUAUUCCAGUUUAUAGAUCCAUAAUUAAUGCAAUUAUUUCACACAGUUGUUUUGAUAAAGUUGUGAAACAAAAACUUAUGUUUUAACAUAUUUAGAAGAAAUUUUCUGCGGAUAGAUGGCUUGCUAGUGAAACGAUUCUUGUGUUAAAUGGUAUACAAGAAAUGAACAUUAAAAACAAUGCAAAUAAUAAAUAUUCCAGUUUAUAGAUCCCUAAUUAAUGCAAUUAUUUCACACAGUUGUUUUGAUAAAGUUGUGAAACAAAAACUUUUAGAAGUUAUUUUCUGCGGAUAGAUAGAUGCCUAGCUAGUGAAAAUUUAAUUGUACAUUAUUAGAAGCUGAUAUUGGUUCCAUAAUUUUUGAUUCACUAACAGACACAUUUACACAUACAUGAAAUAGUCACUACACAGGCCAGUAUUUAAUCUAAGUUCAUAAAAUAUACAAAAGAGUUACAAUAUAACAAACCAUUAAAAAAAACCACUAAGUCAAUAGGCCUAUACAAUAGAUAUAUAUUAGUAUAACACUUAUUUAAAAUAUAACUUCAAAAGGUUAAAAAUGUUUUAGAUUUUGAACCACUGUGUCCGGAGUUUCUUCAGGCAAAUCCUCCAAAGUAUGUGGAAACAAAUGGAACAUUGUAAACAAUGUGUUCGUACAUAAUAAUGUACAAAUGUAAAAUGGUCACGAUGUUGGUUGUUAAUGUCAUGUAGUUAAAAAUAUUCAAAGACCCAUGAAUACAUGUGGGACCAACAGCUUAACUCAUCUGAAGGACAAGUUAGGAGUUAAGUGGUAUACACACAAAAUGAAUAUCGCAUUGGCUGGUUAGAAAUCAGGGACAUGUGUAUUAACACCUUACCACCGUACCAACGGUGUUCUUAUUACCAGGUAUUGCUGAUGAUAUAUCUUUAUUUGUGGGAAGGUAGAAUCCAAAAAAAAUAUAGCAAGGUAAAAUUCACUAAAUUUUGAACAUCCUGCCCUCACUGUAUGUUUUCAAUAUCCCAGGUCAACUAAUGAGUUCAUAAUUAUAACAUUUCAUGUUUUACUGUACUACCUCAAUUUGUUGUGUCUUAAUAACAAAAUUAAUUGCAAUGUCAACAAUUAUUUUGGAUUUAGUUAAAAGUGUGCAAAAUGUAUAUCCAUGUUGGAUAAACCAAAGCCAUUAUAAGUAAUAUAUUAAUGACAAAUGUGUGCAAUUUGAAUGGAGCUUCUGGAGAUGGUAGUAGAAUCUUUAGAAACUAAUCAUUCCUAUACUGGACUCUAAUUCAUGCGGAUUUGAAACUGAACAAAAAACUAUUAAACCUCCACUGGUAAAUGCCCUUCUUUUAAUAAUUUGUCAAAUAAUUAGUGAAUUUAAAUUUUUAUAAAAGUUGAUCAACUUGAGCGUCUCAAUGUUUUUUUCUUAAUUGUUUAUUUUCAAAUUAUGCAUGGUUGGUAGCACAGUUGUGUAAAGGCUGACUGAUCCACUCAUUCAUGUGGGGGUGUUCACAAUACUGUAUGCUUAUACAGAUAUCUCAGUCUCUAUAGAUGGGAUUGAAAUCAAAGCAUCGUUCCGUAACAUUUCAAAUCGUCCCAUCUUGCAUAGUAUAAUAGCUGUGUGUGAUUGUACUGGUCAAUUUAAAAUGUAAUACUGUACAGUUGAACUUGCCUAAGUCGAAUCCAAAAUAGCAUUGAAAAAUUGUUUGACUUAGAUAAACAACAAUUUGGCAUGUAAAAUAAGGUCGACUUAGGCAAGCUUAACUGUACUUAGAUAUUGAGGUGGAAAGGUCAAUAACACUGUACUUAUUAUUAUUACAUAUCUGUUGCACUUUUAACAUUUGUUGCCCAUACUUGUGGCCAGUAGGUUUGAAAAUUCACCUGAGAAUAAAUUACAUUGCCACCUGAUAAAAGUAUUGUAUAGUUAAUGUUAACGCAAUUAUUUUUUAGGUUUAAGAAAUCAAUGCAACAAUUCUCUUGAUCUAAUUCUCUAUGAAGUGUUGUAGUAGUAAAUAUUUAUUACAGACAUGCUAUGCAAACAUAUAUUUGUGCUAUGAUGUGAUUAAACCUCAUGAAUCAGGCUGAUAAA